AUGUGCAAAAAUACAAGCUGCUUCGGCAGCCGAUGCGUCUUAUCGGCACGCAGGUCAAGUUCCCCGGGUAGCAGAUCUUCUCUCGCGCUGGCGCUGCUAGCAGACCCCAACCUCAACCCGGCCCACCUCGCUGUGCUGGUCAGGAAUGGCUUCAACAAGAAGGCCUUCGAGCCGGCAGUGGCAGCGAUCAAGGAGAAGUACUACGAGCUGUUCCGAGGCAAAGGGGGCGAGCACAAGGAGGGCUCCUCGGGCGCGGCCGCGCCGCGGAUGGCGAACCUCGAGCCGGUGGAGAAGACCGCGGUCGUGUCGGACUCGACCGGCGCCGAUGCGGCGCCAGCAAUUCGGGCGCGGCCGACUCGCUCCAGUUCGGCGCAGCUCGCCUUGGAGCCCACCGCGCUCUUAAAUCGCCUCGAGACCAUGCUCCUCGGCAACCAACCCGUCCCCGCACCCUCCAACGAGGUCAGCAUCGUCGGCGAGGUGACCAACGGCAUCAUCAUCGCCGCGAAAGCUGCCGUAAACACGCUCUUUUCGUCGCAGCGGCGCGGCGCGCUGAUGGCUCUCCAGAUAAAGAACCUGAAGAAGGCUGCGCUGGCGUACCUUGUGUGGGACCUACGCGGCGAGCUGGCGGGCGCGCGACUCGAGCAGGCGGUCGUGUACGGCAAGCGGCUCGAGACGCACGCGAGCGGCGUGGACAAGGAGUUGGGCAAGUGCAAGCGGCGGCAGGCGGGCGCGGAGGCGCUUCUCGCUGUCGUUCCAGAAACGUUGCAGGACGUGCCCACGCCAGAGGAGCCCGCGGUCGAGGAGGAGCCGGCGGUCGAGGACCUGCCGGCCAACGACUCCCGUCCCGACGACGCGUCUUCGGACAGCGAUCGGGAAAGCGUCUUCGAACGUCGGGUGACCCGUCGGAUGAUCGACGCCGGCCUGAACGAGGCGCAAUUCGAUGAUAUGCGGAACGUUUACGGGAUUCAGCUCGCCCACGAGGACAAGUGCCACGAGUGUGCCAAGCUGCAGGCUCGGGCAGUGAAACUGUAUGAUAUGCUCCUCCCGUACCUCGAGCGCGACUGGGUGCCACUGGAGGAGGCAUUCCAGCGGCUCGACCUUAUAGCUGCUCGGGAGCGCUCGGGUACCCUGGGUCGUGGGUAUGAUAGUGACACAACAUAUGUGUGA